AUGUCCGACAAAUUCAACAAUAAAGCCGGCCAACCGCCCUCCUACCCCCAACCAGCCCACCACGACGCCGGACCCUACUACGGGCCCGGCUCACCCCCACCACCCCAGAACUAUGGCGCCCAGAACAUGUACGGCCAACCGCAACCCAACCAAUACGGUGGAGCACCAGGAUCGCAACAGGAAUACUAUGGCGGCGCACCACCUCCCCAAGGAGGUUACUACGGUGGAGGCGGCCCAGGGCCACAACAGCAGAUGAACUAUGGACCCCCCAUGCAAGGGCAGCAGGGAGGUCCGGGAUAUAACAAUUAUCAGAAUGGAGGAAGACCGGGAGGUAUUGCAAAAGGGGGGUUUUGUGCGGCGUUUAUGGGUGCGUUGGCUUGUUGCUGUUGUCUUGAUUGUUUGAUUUAG